GAGAAGACAACUCCAGUGCGACCUUUAACAGAUAUUCGGCCGACCUAGGAUACGCUUGAUAAGCAAUUUCAGUGACGUCACGGCGGGAUCUGUGCAGAAAACGAUGACGUGUUCAAAAGGUGCUGUGUUCACAGUGACUGUGCUGGUCGCAGUUUGCUGGGCUCAAACAACCAUUAAACUUGGUGCUAUUUUCUAUGACAGGAAGGGGAUUCCUCAGCUACAGGGGAUGACCAAAUUUGCCGUUGAUACCAUCAACAAUGACUCAAAAAUCUUACCGAAUUAUAAGAUAGACCUGGUCGAGAUAACUGCUGGCCCCCUAGCGACGUACGCAAGUAUUCAAGCAGUUUGUAAGCAGGUGACCGAAGGCGUGGCAACGAUAAUCGGCCCGGCCUCGACCACGGCCGUGAAGGCAUCCUACCCAAUGGCGCUCGGCGUCAACGUUCCGAUGAUUUCGCCAACAGCUACGGAUCCGAAGUUCUCAGAUGACCGCUCGACCUACAAAAACCUCCUUCGUAUGUUCCCGCCAGACUCCAAGCAGAGCUUGGCUCUGAUUGACUUCAUUCAGUAUUUCCGGUUCGACACGAUGGCCAUCUUGACGGACACCACGGAUUAUGGUUCUAUCUUCUACUGGGGUAUCAAUGGGCUACUGAACUUCCAGUCCAAGGCAGCGGAGAGAAAUUGGCGGGUUCUGACCGUCCAACAAUUCGCGGUCACCGAGAACGCAUCUGCCGUGAACGCCGUUGACCAACUAAGGCAGAUCAAGCGCACAGGUGCGAGAGUGGUUAUACUGAACUGUUAUGCCGAGCAUGGGGUGGUGGUCCUGCAGCAGGCCGAGAAUGAGGGCAUGAUGACGGAGGGAUGGAUGUGGAUAGGUACUGAUGGUAUCACUGGGACUAACGAUCUACCAGAUGCCCUGGCGAGCAAGCCAUAUUUGAAAGGAGUUGUGGGCACGCGCCCAGUGGCGGCCAGCGGGGCUAAUGCGGCAGACUUCAAGAGGCGAUGGGAGGCUGCUGAUACGGCGAUUUACAAGGGGGCUGGGUCGCUCGGGAAAGUUCCGAGUUACGGCCGGGCAUUUUAUGACGCCGUCUACACGUUUGCGCAUGCGCUGGACCAAAUGCUGGAGAAGGACAAGAAAACAUUAGUUCCAGCCUCGUUUGACUGCUAUAAAAUCCCAGCUGACACCUGGUCAAGCGGAAGUGACGUCUAUGAUUAUUUACUGAAGGCAAAUUUUGAUGGUGUGACGAAAAAGAUUGAAUUCAACCAAAAGGGGGAACCACUGAAGGCAGAGUAUGACAUCGUGGUGUUAGAGAACACAGGCUGGGAGGUGUUCGGCGAAUGGAAAGAGAGCGCUCCUUUCAUGAUGAACUUCACAGGAAGGUUCUCAGUGGGGGGAAUGCCCUUGGCCGAGGUCAGAGACUACGUGGGAGACUUACACAACCAGACUCUCAGAGUUGUAACAAUCGUGGAUCCACCCUUUGUCUACUACGAGGAACCAUCGAAAAACGAGUCUGUCGAAGGUUGCCAAGGCAACGGAUGCUACACCGGAAUCGUCAUGGACCUACUCGAAUUGUUGGCAGAUGAUUUGAAGUUUAAGUACGAACUUUAUCUGAGCCCUGACGGUUCUUAUGGCGCUCAAAACAAUUCGGGAGUCUGGCCCGGAAUGAUUGGAGAGUUGCAAAUGAAGCGAGCAGACAUGGCGGCCGCAGCCCUGACCAUCACAUUUGACCGCGAGCAAGUUGUCACCUUCACCGGGCCAUUCGUCGACCUCCAAUUGGGCAUCGCCAUGGGAACGCCUGCUGCGUCAUUCAACAUGUGGUCUUUCCUCGUGCCACUGACCAAUCAGCUAUGGCUUUACAUCAUUUUGACGGCAGUGGGCGUGGCCUUGGCGCUGUCACUCACGGAUAAGCUAAGCCCUUAUGGACAUCAUGGGAGUUAUCUGCAGCCAAACGAUUGCAAAAAAGCCGUCCUGGAGUCUGACGAAGAAGACGUGGUCGACAUCAAUGAAGACGGCAAAAUCGACGAAUGGGAAUAUGCCGCAUACACCAAGGAGAAACACGAGAUGAGUGUGUCCAACGCCACCUUUUGGUCGUUUGCGUCAUUUCUUCAGCAGGGUGGUGAGGUGCAUCCCAAGUCUUGGUCAGGUCGAAUAGCUGCUGCCGCCUGGUGGUUCGGCACCCUAAUUAUCACGGCUACGUAUACCGCCAACCUCGCCGCCUUUCUCACCAUCAAGACCUCGAGCAACAAAAUAAACUCCGUCGAUGACCUUUUCAUGUCGGGAGAAAUGCGAUACAGUACUGUUGAAAAUACACAGCCGAAGUCAUUCUUUGAUACUGCGAGCAGAGAGCCAUACAAAACAAUGGGUCACCGAAUGGAAUCAUGGGGGAACUACUUUAAGAGCGCAAGCGAGGCGGUGGAAUACACUGUAAAAGAGGACGGGAAGUUCGCCUUCAUCUUCGACAGACCAAUGUUAGAAUUCUGGAAAGGACAGUUUUGUCAACUGAAAGUCUUACAAAGUGGUUUCGGAAACGUGGGAUACGGCCUCGCCGUCCAGAAGGGCUCACACUAUGCGGAAGAACUCAGCAUUAAAAUUCUCCAAUACAGGGAGGAGGGAAAAUUCGACGAAUUAGAAAACAAAUGGAUAAAAUCGAAAGCAAAUUGCACAACCAAUUCCGCGAGUUCAGCGAUAGGUGGCGAUACUGUUCAGAUUACGAUGCAAUCCCUCAUGGGAUUAGUUUACAUUAUGGUCGCUGGGUGUAUUCUGGCGCUGGUGGUGUUGGUAUUUGAAUGGAUAUGGGCAUGCGCAGUUGAUGUCAAUCCUGAUGACUCAAAGAAACCACCAAACUUCGAAUCAUCCUUCAAGCGACGACUGCAGCGCCUCAAAUGCGACAUCCUGGAAAAUUGGUUUAAGGUGAAGUGGUUACGCAAGCCGACUGAAGAGCACCGACCUUCACCUUUCCAACGCCAGAUGGCGGUCCCAUUUCAGGCGGGAGUUCCAAGAUGACCAAAUCAGGUCCCAGCUUCGACGGUCGAAGCUCCUUUUCGAGACAUGAGGCACAAUUGUGUGCAAAACGUCACUGAAAACAGCGCUGAUGUCACUGAAGGCUGUGCGAGCCAAAAUAGAAAUGGUGUUGUUAGUGAUAUAAGCAAAAUAUCUGCGAGUGAUGUCAGCAAAAACUGUGUAAAUAAUCGAGAGUAUUCUGUUGACAUCGACACUAACUGUGAUAAUAAUCGAGCAGACGACACAAACGAUGUGGUUACGUAUGCUAAUAUUGAGAAUGUUUAUGAUGACGUAGACGUCGAAAUUGGCAGAAACUGUGCUAUUGACAUCAGAGAUGAAAUGAUAGAGGGCGUAAACUCUGGUGCAGUGAGUGGAGUUUGUGACGCUAGUGACCUUGGUGACCUUGAAAUGACUGGUGGUGGCAUAGGCAGCAAGAAUGCCGACACAAUACUCUUUCUAAAGACGUCUGCUUGUCAGAACACAGCUGUGCUAAUGCCAACAAUGAUCUAAUACUGGCGGAUGUGACGUCACUUCCGAAUGGCGGUAAUACGCCGACGGGCAGUGUAUAUUCUCUGAACAUCCCUGCCGGUGAAGGAGUGGGUUGGCAAACGGAUAUUUCUAAUGAAACUCUUGACCCGGGUAAGAAUGAUGACGCUGCGUGUUACCCGAGUAAAACGGAUGACGUCACAUUUGGCCGGCGAAAUCGUAAUAAUAUCAGUGUGUUUCGAUCGGCGCCAAGUAUGGACAGAUUAGAUGGCAGUAGCGUUGAUGAACUGGGAGAGGUUUUAUACGUGUAGUGAAUAUUGUAUCAACAAUUAUUCUGGCUUUGAAGAUUAUAUUUUUUCAAUUUGCAUGUCUUGUGCAUGUAUAUCUUUUGUAUACCAGUGUUGUAGAUUUACAAGAGUUGCAGUUUACAUAAUGUGAACUGUAAUGUAAACUGCAACUCUUGUAAAUCUAUGCAAACUGCAACUCUUGUAAAUCUGCAACACUUGUAUGUCUCAAAUAUACAUCUCUGUUACUUUUGUAAAUUUCCUGUAUAUCUCGGCAAUUCUUGUAAAUAUCUUGUUGAUAUCUACUGCUACUCUUGUAAAUUUGCAACUCUUGUUUACCUCGACAACUCUUGUACAGCUCUUGCACAUAUCUGCAACUCCAAAAAUAGUUUUUGAACUUUACAAAAGCAUCGACAUUGCCAAGCUACUCGUGCAAAUCUCUUCUUCAUCUCUGCUAUUCUUGUAAAUCUCAACUUUUGUAAAUCUAUAUAACGCGCUGGUUCGCUGUGACGAUGUUGUUCUGAUGAAGCAUAACCAUCAGCAUCCGGUGGUUUGUCCAAAACAAGUUAGUCACCAAGGGAGCAUGUUAAGUUCGUCUCUCCCUUGGCCCCUCUCCCUCAAGGCAGACGAAAGUCAUGGGCGUAGUAGCGGGGAGGGGCAGGGGGCAAAUGCAAAUGGUGAG